UUUAUUGUCUUAGUGUAUUGAUAAUAGCGUAGAUGUGCGACAUAGAUUGACUGUUGAGAAGCUUUGUUUUGGCAUAAGAAGCUAGCAAGCUAUUAACUGCAAUGUUAACAAACUCACCCGCUAGCUAGCUGACGUUAAACUAGCCACAGUUUUCAAUCCACCUUUUUAUCUUUAAUGGGAAUUAACAAAGACCAUACAGUAUAAAGAUAGGCAGAAACUGCUUAUCCAAUAGAAAUCCUCGAUCACGCUUGUAUGCGAUGUCAUGGCGACGUUUGCAUCGGGUCCAACGGUCGUCUCGCGCGGAACUGCGCAUGUGCAGGCCGUCCAAUCAAAGGCACUCCUUGGAUAUGGUGGUUUUUGACGAAAAUGAAAACUUGUCAGUUUGUCACUUUCAGGAGGUUGGAGUAAUGACAUGUUCAAAUAUUUAAGACAUUGGCUCGAUUCAAGGUUGUUCCUUUAGAUUUCGAGAAAAUGACCAACUAAGGAAUUAUUUUGUACUUCUCACAUUGAUUUCUCAAACCCCAAACCCCGACCUGGUCUGUUUGGUCUGUUUCACAAGCGUUCCCGGAAGUCUCGCGAUGUUGCGGCUAUGGGUUUAGAAACUCUGGAUUUAAUGUUGACCAGUUUAUGAUGACUUCAUGAAUGGAAAGCACUGGAAACUGAUGAAACCGAGAUGAUCAUUCUCACCCCAACCCUAAUAGGACAUCUCACUUAACAGCUCAUUUUGGGGAUCUCUCAAGGCGUAAUCCAUGCUGUCAGAUGAGUUUGACUCCAAACCUGAGCUGCUGGUUCAGUUUGUCCAGAACGCAUCCAUCCCACUGGGGCAGGGUCUGGAGGACUCAGAGCCCAAACACAUCUGCCUUCCCCUGCUGGCCCCCGCAGACAGCUCCCUGUGCACACAGCUGGGCCUGACAGAGGGUGGUCUCAGCCAUGUGUCAGCGAGGUCUCCUUCCCUUUCGGAGUUUGGGGGCGCAGAGCGGAGCUCCAUGGUGGUGCACCACCACCACCCCCGCAACCCUUACACGCCCCCCAGCCCCCCUCUCGUCCUCCAUGACCUGCAGCGGUCAGAGAGCACCUCCUAUGUCCUACUCAACCUCGCCAAAGGCCUAGCAGCCUCCUCUGAGCCACUAAUCUUCUCAGCAGAUGGGGCAGAGGAGGAGGAAGAAGAGGUGAUCUCGUCUGGGGAGUGUGGCUUGGACGGCACUGCCCCCUGGUACCUGCGGGUACAGGAGCUGGCGCACGACAGCCUCAUCGCAGCAACGCGGGCACAGCUGGCUAAAGAUGCCAAGGCUAGCCAGGACGCUAGGGCUGGGAAUGGCAGCAACAGUGACCACCUGCCCAGCUUCCUGUCGGAGGGGGCGAAGAGAGAACAGCCGACGAGGACCAAUCGUACGCUGUCGUCUAAACAGAUCCUCCGCUGCUCCUUUGAGGGCUGCUACAGAACCUUCACCUGGCCUGCUCACCUCAAAUAUCACCUCAAAACACACAGGAACGACCGUACGUUCCGGUGUGGGGCGGAGGGCUGUGGGAAGAGUUUCUACGUACUGCAGCGUCUGCAGGUCCACAUGAGAACUCACAACGGAGACAAGCCCUUCAUCUGCAAGGAGAAGAACUGUAGCAAGAAGUUCACCACCGCAGGAAACCUCAAAAACCACAAACGCACGCACACAGGUGAGAAGCCCUUCUUGUGUGAAGCAGAUGGUUGUGGUCGGUCCUUCGCUGAGUACUCCAGUCUACGCAAACACACGCUCGUACACUCAGGAGAGAAGCCCCACCAGUGUGGGAUCUGUGGGAAGACGUUCUCUCAGAGCGGCAGCAGGAACGUCCACAUGAGGAAGAGACACGGAGAGGAGGCUCUGGGGAACGAGGGCAGAGAAACGGGUGAGGCUCUGACACACAGCAGUCUACUGGAGGCCGACGGGUCGCCCGGCGACACCAUGGUCACCAUGACUACAGGGGUGGAGCCAAUUAACAUCCACCACGCCAUGCUGCGAGGCCAAGGCUCGGCAGACUCAGUGGUCGUUCUCGCUCAACCCCAUGACCUUGUCACCAUGACAACGGCAAGCCACACGUACGCAGAGGAUGUGGUGGCCCUGUUGUAGUCAAGUCUGUUGGGCAAAUCUCAGGCAUUUGAGGCAGAGCUCUCUGUACAUAGAUGCAUCCUUCACUUUUAGCCCUGUAGAUAUCUGUAAUUAGCUGAGGGUUUUAUUUUGAGAAAAAGGCAGUAUGAAAUGUUCUAGAACUUGUACAAACAGACAACUUUUUCUGUAGUUUAUAAAUACAAAGAAUUAUCAGGUGACUUUCCAAAGAAAUAAGAGACAGGUAUACAAAUCAUGAGUUUUAUUAAAAGAAAGUACAUGUAUAGUUACCUGGAUGUCAUUGUGAAACAUACUAAAUCAAUUGUGUAAGCUCACCUGGGAGCAGAUAUGGCUAAAAUGCAGUGAUAUCCCUUUUGUAAAACAAUAUUAAGGCUGUUGUUUUUAGCUUAAUUCACAUAAAUUGAUCAAGUCAUUAGCUGACAUAAGACUAUUUGAAAAUGACAUGAAAUGUGCUCCACAGCAAUGUGCUUUGUCCCCCAUCAUUAAUAGAAAGGAAACUUUGAAAACAGUUCCAAAUUCACAAGCUGCUAUUGGAACUAAGGCACAGGAAGAUUUGAUGCACAGAGGGCUGCAUGUAGAA